AUGUUUUCUGCCAGGGAUUAACUUAGCUUUUCAAGAAAAACUAUGCAACACUUUUCAAUCGCCUCUUAAAAACCUAUUAGAUAUGCAACCUAGUACUGUGGGGAUGCUGAAUAUUCAUCUUCAAUUUUCAAUUCUGAUUAUGAAUUACUAAGAACAAAAGAAAAAUAUAAAUAAAAGUGUGAGGAAAUAGAUAUGAAGAAAAAUCAAUUAAAUUCUGAUCAUCUAGAUCUCGAAUUUAGAGCUGAGGUAUCAUUUACUUUCCUAUGUAGAAACUAAGGUAAGGAGAGAAUGAGGUUAAGUAUAUGGCUGAACUUCUAAAAAAAAAGCUUAAAUAAAUUAAGCAACAAGAAUAAUAAAUAAAGGAAAAUCAAAGUUCCUUUGCUGAUAAAUUCAGGGAUAAGGAACAAUCAAUAAUUGAAUAAUAAAAAUUAAUCAAAGAAAAACAAGACCAAUUAAUAUUGAAAGAAGAAUAACUAAAAGUAAGAGAGUAAAGUCUUAAAGAGAAAGAGUCCCUUCUACAGGAGUAAACUACUUAUUACACGUAAUUCAAUGAACGUCUAAAAAUCAAUAUAGAAGAAACGAAUAAAAAGGAGUGUAUCUAUUUUAAAUAUAGUUUAGAAUUUUACAUGCAAUAAAUAAGUAAAAUGAAUUAAACAGUUGAAACCUUGUUGCAUCACGAAAAUCAUAUAAGAGACUUAGAAUUCAGACUAACUUAGUAGAUUUAAGGAUUAAAAGAUUUUGAUAAUUAAAUUAGGUAAUAGUAAACGGCUAUAGUAGAAUUUAAGUUCUAAAUUGCAAAUAAUAGGAAGAAUUAAUUGAUUAAAAAGAAUAAGGCAUUCUAAAUAGUCAAGAACUCAUCAAUCGAAAAUUACUUUGGGAUUAAAAAAAUAUUACUAGAUAGCAUCUAUAGUAGAUUUCAAACUAUAUGACUGAUUAAAAGUACUAUUGA